AUGGGGCUAGGGCUCGGCCUUCUACCCUCGUCAGUGUGUGGGCGAGUGGUUGGAGGCUCCGCAGCAGAGUCCGACAGGAGCGACAGCAUUGAUGGAAGAAAUCGACAUCUCCGCCGCCCUACAAACCAGAGAAGGGGUAUGGGUGGAAGAAAUCGAAAUCUCUGGCCACUAAAACCAGAUCCGCCGCGCCUGCAUACCCUAGCCCCAAGAUCCGCCGGAGAAGAGGGGUAUGGGUGGUGGCUGUUCGACCGGAGAAGGCUCGUUGAUGCCGAAAGUGUGUCUUCAAUUCACUCGCCCUGCCCCCUAAUCAAAACUUUUCUCCCUUUUCACGACUUCUGCGCCACCUUUCCACCGGAGCCGCCGUCGACCGAAGCUGCCGUCAAUCAGAGCCACCGUGAAGGGGCAGAAAUAGAGGAAGAUAACAACGCCGCUGAGGAGAUACCGGACGCCGUCGAAGGCGAGGGAGAUGAGAAGCAGGACCAGGAGGCUGUGGAACGCCCUCAGAAAACGUCCAAGUAUAUGACUAAGUAUGAGCGGGCGAGAAUUUUGGGCGCGCGGGCUCUGCAGAUUAGCAUGAAUGCACCGGUGAUGGUGGAGUUGGAGGGCGAAACUGAUCCACUGGAGUCUAGAGGUAUGAGAAGAGUUAUAUGCACCGCGAUGUGGUUACGCAUGUAGCUGUUUCGGCGGCUGAAUUUUUCAUAACUGGAAGUGCAGAUGGCCACAUAAAGUUUUGGAAGAAAAAAACCACUGGUAUAGAGUUUGCUAAACAUUUUAGGUCGCAUAUUGGUCCAAUUGAAGGCCUUGCG